GCUCAACAUGACUCCCAGCGCCACCGCUGUAUCUGCUCUGCCCUGUGCGCCCCGCACCGUGGCCAUGAGGAAAGAAGCAAGUGAACUGAGAAAAACCUUGAAACCCUUACUGGAAAAGAAAAGACGAGCGCGCAUCAACGACAGCCUCGACCGAUUAAAAGCGCUCAUUCUCCCUCUCACAGGCAAAGAUAACUGCCGUUAUUCUAAACUGGAGAAAGCUGAUAUUUUGGAGAUGACCGUCAGAUUCCUGACUGAUAUCCAGACCACUCCGUCUAAAGAUACCACUGUUAGUUUCACGGAGGGGUACACAACCUGCCUACAGCGCGUGUCAGCGCGCCUCCCGCAAACCAGCCUCGACGCAGAGACUCGCCACCGCGUAAACGACUUCAUUCAGCGCUCGGUGACACCCAAAACACCAGCCUGCCAGAACUGCUGUGCGCAGAGCUCCAGAAUGAUGUCGCAAAUCCAACAAAAACUCAAGAAUCUGAAAUCUAGCAGCUCAAGAUCCACAAAUCCAAAACAAGAGAUUCUCAGUGGACCUGAGCCUAUGCCAUUGAUCACCGAAGUCUGGAGACCUUGGUAGACUUGCCGUACAAAAGACUAUUGUUGUGAUGAAAGCCGUUUUAAAAUUGUACAUAUUUGCAUUGUAUG